AUGACUCCUACGAACACCCCAGGAGCUAGAGAAGCGCUCCUCCGCGACAGCGCCGACACCGAGCAGGAAGAUGCUGUAAUGGGAGACGCAGCAGAUGAAACCAAGACCGAUGAACCGGACGACCUGCCCGACGCGGAAGGCCCAGCAGUAACGGUUGCUCACGCGGCAGAGAGCCUCAUCGCCAGCCAGAUGGAAUCACAACAGGCAAAGCUGGCCGUCUUCCGCGCAUUCUGCACCGCCUUCGACCAGACAGCUGCCCAGUUUACCUCGGGCCACGCGCUCAGCUUCGCGAAGGACAUCUCGCGCGACUUCAUUAGCUACUGGGACGUCGCGCUCAACGGCGUGCCCACACGCGCCGGUAAGGCCCAUAAAAGUAUGGCGCAGACAGGAGGCCCCCUCCGCCAGCCUCGACCCACGGCCCCGGGAGGCCCUCUGGUCCAGCCGCCUAAGGAUGACCAGCUGUGA